AUGACCUCCCAAGGGGUGUCGGACGUUUCCGACUCAAAGGGCAACGAUAUCGUACCUGUCGCGGUUGAUGUCCGCAGUGCGGACCAGGAGGAGCAUCGGCAACGAAUCUUGGGCCUCACGCUGCCUCGCUACUUUAACAAAGAUGAAGACCGCCGGUUGGUUCGCAAACUUGACACCUUCCUCAUGUCCUAUACUGCGCUGUCAUGCUUCAUGCAGACACUAGACAACACGAACAUCGGCAACGCAUAUGUGUCUGGUAUGCAGGAAGAUCUUUCGCUUUUUGGUAACGAGCUCAAUUAUUUCUCGACCACUUUCAACUGCGGCAUCAUCGCUGGAGCAGUACCGCUUAUGUUACUCUCGACACGUGUGCGGCCGUCGAUACUUAUGCCGAGUUGCGAACUUGCCUGGACGUUUCUAGUCAUGGGAAUCGCCGGUGCCAAGAACGCCGAGACGGUGUAUGGCUUGCGCUUCGCCAUUGGUUUCUUCCAGGGAAUUGCUUUUCCCGGUUUCGCUGCUCUUUUAGGAGCGUGGUACACACCGUCGGAGCUCGGCAAGCGGAUGGCUUUGUAUGAAGUCUCUGCCAGGGUUGCUGGCAUGUUCUCGGGUUAUAUCCAGGCGGGCCUCUAUACCAAUAUGAACGGUAAAGGCUUGGCCAGCUGGAGAUGGCUCUUCAUCUUCGACGGCAUAAUUUCCUUUCCCAUUGCAAUUUGGGGCUACUACGCUCUUCCAGAUCAGCCAAGAGAUACAAGGGCGAAGUGGCUCAAGACCUCCGAAGUCGAAUUAGCAAUCGAAAGAAUGGAUCGGGUCGGACGUAGGCCUGUGCAAAAGAUUACUUGGGCACGCUUCAAAGGAAUCUGGACAACCUGGCAUGUCUACCUCUUCGUUACGUGUUACUUUCUAUACGGCGCUUUCUCCUGGGGAGACGGCUACUUCAACCUCUGGCUCCAGUACCUGGGAAAAUACACCGUUCCGCAGAUCAACAACAUCCCGACAGCUGGGCAGGGUGCGGCUCUGGUGAAUUCAAUCAUCAGCGGCAUCAUUUCAGACUGGCUGCAGAACCGCCCCGUUGUCAUUGUUGCAAACAUGUUGAUUUGUCUUGCAGGGAAUGCGUUCGUCUCUGUGUGGAAGGCUCCCGAGUGGCUUAAGUUCACUGGAUACAUCUUCAUCACUGCCGGACUGCCUGCGCAGUCCUUGACAAUUGCCUGGUUGAACGAGGUCUGUCAGGGUAAUGGAACACUGCGCGGGCUAAUUGUAUCGCUCGGAAAUACCAUGGUUUAUGCCAUCAACGCCUGGGCCCUGGUACUUCUUUUCCCUGCUGUGGAUGCGCCUCAUUACAAAUUUGGGUACCAGGUAUGCGCAGCCAUAAUUGGCCUCGCGAUUCUCACUGUGUUUGUCAUUCUGUUCCAGAUUAGACGAGAUCUCAACCAUGGCAAGGCGGUACGGAAUGAUGAAGGUUUACUGGAGUUCAAAGCGUGGACGGCCGAGGCUAUUGAAACCCGAGCUGAGGGUGAGAAUCUGAGGGUCUAA